AUGUCCCGAAAGAUCAAAGUCGCGGCAGCUCAAGUUGGUGCUGUAGAUCUCGGUGCGUUGAAGAAAGAUACCGUUCAACGAUUGAUCAAACUCCUCCACCAGGCCGCCGAACAGAAAGUCCAACUUGUCGUCUACCCGGAAUGUACCUUAACGACGUUCUUCCCACGACACUUCAUCCAAUCCCAAGAAGAACUCGACAAAUACUUCGAGCACGGCGAAGACAUCACACAAUCCCCCGACGUCAAACCACUCUUCGACGAAGCGAAAGCUCACGAUAUCGAUAUCGUGCUCGGGUAUGCAGAGCGAACCCCCGACGGGAUGGGCUACAACACCUCCGUCUACUUCUCCGGAUCCACAGGAAAAGUCCUGAGCAAAUACAGAAAAGUGCACCUCCCCGGCCGCGUCGAACCCUUCGAAGACCCCGCCGCCACAAACCAGCUGGAGAAACGCUACUUCAAACCCGGCAACUACGGCUUCCAAGCCUUCCGCGCGCCGGGCCUCGUCAAAGACGCCGUGAAGAAGUCGACCACGACCAAAGCAGAUGAAUCGACCGAGGGAAAAGGCGACCCGAUCCUGGGCAUGCUCAUCUGCAACGACCGGCGCUGGCCCGAGGCCUGGCGCGUGUACACGCUACAAGGCGCCGAGAUCCUCAUGUUCGGGUACAACACCGGCGGGCACAUGUCGCACCUCUGGGGCGGGAAAUCCAUGGCGCCCGAAGAAGCCGAAAAGGAAGCCCUCUUCCACUCUCGACUAGUCCAGCAAGCGAACAGCUACAUGCACGCGUGUUUCUCGAUUUCCGCGGCGCGGUGCGGGCUGGAUGACGGGAAGUACCAUCUGAUCGGGGGCAGUUCGAUCGUGAGGUCCGAGGGACAUGUUGUUGCGGAGGCAGGGACGGAUGGAGAUGAGCUGGUGGCGGCGGAGAUUGAUCUGGCGGAGUGUCGGCAGGGGAAGGAGAGGACGUUUAAUUAUGGGAAGCAUAGACGGGUGGAGACGUAUGGUUUGAUAACGGGGCAGACGGGGGUGGUGGAGCCGGAGUUGUUGUAG